UUUAUCGACCUUCUGCGGAAACGUAUACCGGAACUUGUGGUGCGACAACAAUAUCAUCGAACUUCCAGUCAACAUGCUUUGUAUUUGACUGCUUGCUAUCGGGAUCUACUUAUUGGCGCAGAAGAACUGGGUCUAAAAAAACCGUUACUGGCCGAGCAUGGUGGUGGGUUGCGUGAAUUCAGUAUGGAUGAAUUGGAUCUGUUCACCAGUGCAUCAGAAGAAACCCAAUUCUUGACUAGUAGUGAACGAAGUCUGAUUGUGCACCACUACCUGAUCGGUUUGCGUGCUGUAGAAGGCGAUGCGUGGAAAGACACUUUGACUUUCCGUGCAGGACAGCCCAUGAGUAAGUUUGGUUAG